AUGGGGAAGAAAAGCUUGAAGAAGGAUCGCGGCUACAUCACCGCGACAGAGUGGCAGACUGAAUGGGGCGGCCACAAGGACAAGAGCAGAUCAACCUUCAAGUGUCUGCCCUUCAACUGCUGCGCAAUAUCCUUCACUCCAUUCGAAGACCCGGCCUGCACAGCGGAUGGGACCACGUAUGACAUCACGAACAUCGUGCCAUACGUGAUGAAAUUCAAGAAGCACCCAGUCACCGGCGACCCGCUGUCCCUCAAGGACGUCAUCAAGCUGAAUUUUCACAAGAACAGUGACGGGGAGUACAUGUGCCCUGUGCUCAACAAAGUGUUCACCGAGCACACCCACAUCGUGGCAGUCAAGCCCACUGGCAAUGUCUACUGCUGGGAGGCUGUAGAGGAGCUCAACAUAAAACCAAAGUACUGGAAGGACCUUCUAGAUGACACGCCCAUCACUCGGAAAGACAUCAUCCACCUUCAGGAUCCCCUGAAUCUCCAGGGGAAGAACCUGGAGAAUUUUGACCAUGUGAAGAAGAACCUCAGCCUGCAGGAUGCAGAUGAGCUGGCGGCCCAGGAGGCCGACCCCAUGUUCAGCAUCAAGGCAGAGGGCCUCUCAGAGGACAUGAAGCGUGCAUUUGAGCAGGGCGGAGGUGGCAAGAAGGCGCAGGCUGCACGGCUACUGGCAGAGGCGCACUCAACUGCCAAGCGAGGGGGUGACAAGGCAGAGGCGGGCAAGCAGGACGGCGCUCAGGCCGGGCCCGACCCAAGGCUGCAGCCCCCAAAGCCGGAGGACAGGCCAGCGGCAAACUUCAAGCCAGGGACCUCCACCUGGAACACAGACGACCCUUCCCAGGCGCCUCCCUGGGUCAGAGAAAAGAUGCGCAAGGAGAUGGAGACGGGAUCGUGGCGGGGUCAGGACAAGGAUGCGCUGGAGGCGGCCAAGGCCGGCGGCCAGGGGCAGAAGCCCGUGCCCAAGCCUUACAUGAGCGCACAGUACCGGGAAGACUCCAUGCGCACCACAGGCGCGGCUUCGCGGUCUUUCACGUCGACGGCGGUGAACGUGACGACGCAGAAUGCGCGCACGAUGGUGCGAGUGGAGCGCUGCCCCAAGAAGAAGGGCUACAUGCGCCUGCACACGAAUCUGGGCGACCUCAACCUGGAGCUGCACUGCGAUUUCGCGCCGCGCACAUGCGAGAAUUUCUUCGUGCUGGCGGAGGGCGGGUACUACUCCGACACCAUCUUCCACCGCUCCAUCCGUAGCUUCAUGAUCCAGGGUGGCGAUCCUACAGGCACAGGCACGGGGGGCGAGUCCAUCUACGGGCCCACCUUCAAGGAUGAGCUGGACUCGCGGCUCACGCAUGCGGGCCGAGGUGUCCUCUCCAUGGCCAACUCAGGCCCCAACACCAAUGGCUCCCAGGCAAGCUCCUUGAUCCUGUUCUAUAUCCUGUACAAGAGCGCACACCACCUGGACUUCAAGCACACUGUGUUUGGCCGCGUCGUUGGAGGCUUUGAGGUAUUGACGGCGAUGGAGAAGGUGCCUACAGACGACGAUGACAAGCCGCGCCAGGAGAUCAAGAUCACCGGUGCCACGGUCUUUGUUAACCCCUACAAAGAAGAGGAGGAAGCCGAGCGCAAGGCUGCCGAGGAAGCCCGGCUCAAGGCUGAGAAGGAGGCAGGGCCGCCUACAGAGGAAGAGCGAGUGGGUGCAUGGUUCAGCAACCCAGUGCCGGCAGCACAGCCCAGUGCACAGGGCCAUGGCACUGGAGUCGGUAAGUACCUCAAUGUGCAUGCCGCCAGAAAAGCAGCUCCUGCAGCGAGCCCAGGGGCCGAAGGGGAAGCUCCGGGGCCUCCCGCCAAGAAGGCAAAACAGGCGUCGUAUGGGAAUUUCAAUGCUUGGUAG